AUGGGAAAGUCCGAUUGUUUCAAGGUUGCGAAAACAUGCGAAACAUCUGCGAAGCCUGUCGACAAAGGUGGCCGAUACAAGAACGUUGAGGUGGUCAGCGGCUAUAGCUUGGUAUGCGGCAUAACGAGAUUUCAAUUCAUCAUCAUCAUUCGCCAGCCUGCAGCCUUUUGUCGACACCGCAUAGGAAGAGUGGGCAAAUACGUCCUUGUCCAUCUCAUAAAAGCCUCCGAAAACGAUGGGGAUUAUCCACAACUCCUGAACCCGGUCCCGGAAAGUGUCAGACUUGGAAAUAUCUUCCAGUUCACUGAGACCGCUGCUUGUUACAAUGAAGCGCAUGCUCUUGAAGUGCCGAUCUGA